AUGAUAGCGGCGGCAAAACUGGUUCUGCACCUCAUCCAGAGCACAAUGAACAUUUACUGGGCCUAUCUCAGGCAUGCCUCCAGACGGCGCAGAACUUAUUUCAUGUUCCUGGACAGUCUCCGGCAGAGACAAAAACGGAAUGACCGGCGCAGAUUUCAACGAAGGCAGCGGCUCAGACUGAGGUGGUACACCUUGGCACAGCAACAUCAGUCCAGGGCUUACUGGGUCUUCCCCAGAAGUUGGGACUGGUGGGACAAGAUUGUCCUUGACAACUGGGAAGACCACCAUUGGAUUGAAGGAUUUCGCAUGUCCCGUUCCACGUUCCAUGAGAUUGUCGAUGUUCUCCGACCUCGUCUGCAGCGUCAAGAGACCACUAUGCGCAGCCCUGUUCCAGUGGAGAAGCGACUCGCCGUGGCACUAUGGUAUCUUGCGAAUGGGAUAGCCUACCGACUGGUACGUGACCAGUUCGGCCUCGGACUCUCCACAAUCGGCACAAUAGUGUUGGAGGUGUGCUAUGCCUUGGAGUUGGAGAUGCUAUCCAGAGCAGUUUCCCUGGGUGGAGAAGUGGGACAGAUAAUGGAUGGCUUUGCUGCCAUGGGUUUUCCACACUGCGUGGGCGCAGUCGAUGGCUCACACAUCCCAAUAUGUACCCCUGGAGGCAGAUCCGAGGAGUAUGUCAAUAGGAAAAAAUUCUCGUCAAUACUGCUUCAGGGGACCGUGGAUCAUCGUGGGCGCUUUGUGGAUGUCGAGAUAGGGUGGAGUGGACGCAACCACGAUGCCUUUGUCUUCAGAAAUUCACAUCUAUGUGCAGCAAUGGAUGCGGGAGCAUUCAUUCCUGGAAACCCCACUUUGAAUUUGCAAGGCAUCUCUGUUCCACCAAUUAUUAUUUCCGACGGAGCAUACCCGCUUCGAAGGUGGCUCAUGAAACCUUAUGGGACUUCCGCAGGUUCAGCAGCGCACCGACAUUUUGACAAAGUGCUAUGCCGAGCUAGAAACACGGUGGAACGCUGUUUUGGCCGUUUGAAAUCGAGAUGGAGGUGUCUGGCAGCACGUUUAAACUGCAGAGAAGAAAAUGUGGUGACUGUGGUGUCAGCGUGCGUUAUACUGCACAACAUCUGUGAGGCCAGAGGACACCCAGUUUCAUGUGAAAACGGUGAUCUAAGACAUGUUCCAGUGCCACAGGAGGAGGAGGAAGGACUGGAGAAUGACCGUGAUCAUCUCGAAGAGGGGAAGGCGGUCAGAGAUGCUCUUGCAGAAUUCAUGUAUGUCAACGCAAGGCAAUGA